AAAAGCGCGUCCGGUAAAAACCGCAGCAGCGCGUGUGAUACGCGCGAUCAUGAGAUUAAGUUCAGUUAGAAUUAGCACAUGUGCAAGGCGUCAGGCAGCAAAGCCCAACCCCCGCAUUUCAAUGCGACAGCCGGGCCAACAUCACACCGUCAGCAGGCAUUGUGCUCCGCAAAGCAAGCACUGAGAGUCGACGGCACCAGUUGCGGGCACAUUCGACAUGACCAGCAAGAUCGUAAAUGAACGCUUUGGUGCCACAGCUUGAAGACCGGUCUGAUUCUCUUAAGGUGGGCAGGCACCAUUGCUCAUCUCAAUCACAUAGCUCGAGUGAGCGACUGCUCUGGCGCAGAUAAUCAGUUGGAGGUCGAUUUAAGACGCCGUGUCUUGGCAUGUAUAGCAGCUUGAAGUCAAAUAAGUAUGCCCCAAUGCACAGAGACCAGGAGACCAGUAGUCCUGAGGACCAUCUACUCGAUUCUUUUGCCUUGCGCAAAGAACUGGCACCAUACCUCCCUUAUGUGGACAAAUCCCCUGUUUCAACAUCGGCUGCAGACCGCGAGCUGGUCGCUGCGUACUUUAAGCCCAGCCCAUGGGUCGACCUUGGAGUGAUACGACGUUGGAUCGAGACUUGCCAGGAAUAUCACGAGGACCACUGCGUAUCGAGCGAUGCCUCCGGUCUUUCUCCAUGGCACCGGCCCUUGUGGCUCAUCGACGCUUCCAAGCGCUGCUUGAUUCCUGCUCAGGCGGACAUGAAAUACUUCGCACUUUCGUAUGUGUGGGGCAAUUGCGGGGGGCCGAACGCCAGAUUUUGUCUGCAAAAGUCCAAUCUCGAUAGGUUGCUGCAACCUGGUUGCUUGCGGCGCUCGGAAGACGGACGGCCGGUGUUACCCAAGCUGGUUGAUGAUGUGAUUGAGCUAGUAGAUCGUCUAGGCUGGCGAUAUAUAUGGGUGGAUCGAUAUUGUAUCGUUCAAGAUGACGGACCCGCCAAAGAUGCUCAGAUCAACGCCAUGAACUCCAUAUACUCCAGUGCCUUUGCUACCAUUGUCGCAGCUGAUGGAGAUGCUGAGGCCGGAAUCAAGGGUGUCCGAGAAUACAUGGACCCUCGAGGAUCUCGUACCAUUAUGGACCAUGUCAUCGAGCUGCCGACCAAAAUAUCUGAUGAUGAUGAUGAUCGAUCCCGCUCUCUGCCAAGUCGAGAUGAGAAAGUGGUCGGUAGAGAGUGGCUAGAGGCAUUCCGAGCUCACAUACAUGUGAGUGACGCAGACGUGACCGCGAAUCCUGUCGUCCCGAACACUUUGUCGCGAGCCUCGUCGUACGAUUCGUUCGAUUCGUUCGUCGUCGGCGACGGUGCUCGACAACAGAUGAUGGAACAGCAGCGGUCACAUGAUCGCAAGGUGCUCGAGGCAAAGGCGUACCUUCUCAUGCAUUCGCCGUGGUAUUCAAGAGGCUGGACCUUCCAGGAAGCCCUGUUUUCAAAGCGCAAGAUCAUCUUUCAAAACGACACCGUGAAUUGGGAAUGCCAUUGCUCGGCGUGGUACGAGGGACAAGAGAGUUUUGAGGACGUGGAACAGAGGCCAUGUGUCAAACGGCCUGGAUUCAGCACGGAGUCAGGAUUCGAUUCUGCAUUGUGGCCGGAUCUGUAUCGAUACGGCCGCCUGGUUGCCUUGUUCAAUCGUCGAGACCUUACAUAUCCAGACGACGCGUUAUAUGCAUUUGCUGGAGUCAUGUCCUCGCUUUCUCUCACGUUCAUGCAUGGCUUCGUCUCAGGUCUACCGCAGAUGUUUUUCCACUCGACGCUUAUAUGGCAGCCUUAUCGACCGCUGUCCAGGAGGAAAGGCAGAAUUGAGGAGAAGGCGAUCUUGCCAAGCUGGUCUUGGGCUGGAUGGCAUGGCAUUUUUCAGUAUGAGAGCUGGCGAAGCGGCUAUUCGUACAUCAAGAGCUUGGCUACUGAAGAAGGGCUAGAUAUGACAACGUGGGAGACCCACGAGACCGUUACGUGGUAUAGAAUCGAUGACAAGGGACAGAAACAUAAGAUCAAAGCCAUGGAUGUCCCGUACGAUUCUAGUGACUUCAACGAGCACGGCUGGUCCUGUAUCAGGGACGAGAACUCCGGGACGUCAAUCUAUCGCCACGACAGCAUACCGGACACGGAGUUUUGGCGUCCCGUACAAUUGCGCGACGCAACAAAAGCUCGAGUUCCCCCGAUGUAUUGCCGAUUCCUGUCGUCGGAGACAAACGCUGCCGUCCUCAAAACAGGAGAAAGCUUCCGGAGGAUUGAAGCCAGUCGAUGCGUAUCCGUCGAUCUCAUUGACGACCGAGGCCAAUGGGUCGGAAUCUUGCGGCUGAUGACAGACGAUGCAGCUCAGGACCGGUACGAGCUGGUCGAGCUCUCCGCGGGAUCGGUGCAGAACAGACCUGGCGAGCAAGCAUACUUUGACGAGUGGGAUCGAGCCGGGUUGAGUCGAUGCUGGCGCGACGACAACAAGUACGAGUUUUACAACGUCAUGGCCGUAUCACGGGUGCACGGGAUAUCGUACCGUGUUGCGGUGGGAAGGGUAGAGAAAGAAAGCUGGGAGAGGCUUCGGAAGGGAGGAGUAGAAAUUACACUUGGUUAG